AUGAUGAAUUUAAUCGGCACCACUGGCUUCAAUGACGACGGUGAGGAUGAUGUCAAUUUGAGCGAGGAAGAGGAUCCCUGCAUUUUGAUAGAAAACCUACAAAGGCAAUACAAGCUUCUUAGAGACGCGAAAGAAAUACCCACCGAUAUUUCGCUGCAUUUCAAAUAUGAGGACGGGGACGGGUCUGUGAUAAUGGUGGAUAGCUCACAUGAACGAAAUGAUGACGAUGGAAACCGUGAUGGCUCUGUCAAAUUGUCUAAAUUCAAACAACAAAGACUCGAAAAUAGAAAAAAACAAGAAUUGCAUGAUUAA